CGAGGUUGAAGCAGUAUAAGAACUACGAGUGCCUGUCUCGCUCUCGUGAAGAUCUUGAAAAGGAGUGCAAGGAAGUAGGAAAAGGACACAGCUUCUACGACUUCCAGUUCAAUACAAGGCUUGUCAAAUCAACUAUUGUGCACUUUCAGGUAAUAUAGAUUUUUUAGCCUUUUCUUGUUUGGAUUUAUGUUAACCUUUGAUCAAGAAAUCGUGGACUGGUCUGCCUCCCUGUAGUUCUUUAUGAUUGAUUUAGUCUCUGUUGUCUCAUUUUGCAUAAUUCAAUUAAACCUGGCAAACGACUCCCAUGGCUGCCUUUCUCAUUCUUGCCUUUCAUGUUAUUUUUCCUCAUUCAUUUUUAACUGGGUUUUUUAGUUGUCUGUUAUUUUGCAUCAUUAUGAGUUAGUUAAACAAAAGGAUAUUUUUUUUGAAACUGGUAAUGUAUAAUAGGAUUUGGUUAUUUACAGUCUAAUCAUUGUGUGAGCUUUUGGUCGAUGAUCCCCGUCGCCUUUUUCUCCUCUCCAUGCAAUAACUAUACUUCUGCAGGUGCUCUGCUCCUAAUGUUCUGGAUAUUUUGAUUUAAACUGUUAGGCUGUUGGUCACCCUUUCAUUAAUUCCAGAGCUUUCUGGAAUAAUAAUGUCACCAGAUCCAGUAUGUUUGAGUUGAUGCCUCUUAUGGCCUCCAAGCUGGUGAAUUUGCAUCUGAUGUAAAUUUAGUGUUACUAUUUCUUGAUUCAGCUAAUUUCUUUUUCUUCUUCUGUUCAGAAAUCCAAAAGAUAUUGCCGAAUUUGACUUUUGCCAGUUUCUUCUGUUGCUUCUAGUAAUGCUAUUCUGGCUACAUGACGAAGCAAACAAGAUUUACAUCGAAACUGUUUCUUUCUUAUAUUCUGCAAUUACUUUUUAACUCAUUUUUUCAGUAAGCAGUUUAGUCUGUGCCUCGAUUGAUGUAUUGAUCCGAGAGCAGUGUUCACAAUAUCCUUUUUUGUGCAGAUAACAAAUAUUUAGAGAAGUGUCUUAUGGAACUUUGUAAUUGUGGAAGAUCCUUGUUUUGGAACUUCACUCUUGAAUAUUUCAUCAUGAAUCAGCUGAAUGUAUUUUGAGGACUGGGUUUUGAUAUGGAAGCUUAGGAGUGAGGACAGAACCUGGCUUAUGCUGGAUUUGUAGUUUGUAGUUUGUUGCUGACAUAGAAUAUAGUUCUGACUUCUGAGUCAAAGUUGUUUGUUGUUUUCCAUUCUACUACUUGUGUGACAGAUCUACUUUUGCAGUGUCAAACAGAACAGUGGAGGCUGAUGGUUGAAAUAUCCGAACUUCCAAUUCCCUUUUGUGUGUCCCUCUAGAGAAUAAUCUUGAUUUUAUUUCUAUUCAUCUGCCGUGGUCCUCCAUUUUCAGUUGGUCGUUAACUAGUUCUGUUGCCUCUUCUGCAUGGUUCAUCCCUUUCUAUUCAAGGCCCAUUGAUCAUUGCAAACCUUUCUCCGCUGUUGCUCUAGAAGAUAUUGAGUUGAUGAGCAUUUUUUUGCUAGUCAUUAUGUGAAGUGGUUGUGUUUUAAUGUGUUUUAAUUCUUGUUGUAAAUGAUGUUUGUUUGAAUUGCUUUCUUUCAAAUAAAUAACCACAUAUUGUAUGUGCAUUGUUAUUUUAUCUACCUUUCAGCCUUACAAGCAGGUUGCAGUUAUUAUGUGAGCAGCUGGCGCAAGCAUUUUCCAUAUGUUGAGGAAUCUCUUGUGGUCGACAUCAAAACAUGAUGUGUAUCUCAUGCAAAACUACUCUGUGAUGCACUGGUCCUCACUUCUUGGAAAGGGGGAAGAAGUGCUUAAUGUUGCUAGGCCAUUGACACCCACUAUGAAAUACCCUGGAUCAGCGUCUCAAACACUUCCCAGAGUGCAGAUCAGCACUAUAGCUGUUAGAGAUGGUUUGAUGGCUGCUGGGGGUUUCCAAGGGGAGCUUAUCUGUAAGUAUUUAAACCAACCUGGAGUUGCAUUCACUACAAAAAUAAGUAAUGGAGAGAAUGCGAUCACUAAUGCUGUGGAUAUUAGUUAUAGUCCGACUGGCUCAAUGAGGGUGAUCACUGGUAAUAAUGAUCAGCAAGUCAGGAUUUUUGAUGCAAAAAGCUUCGUUUGCACCAAUCAUUAUGCAUUUCCUUGGUCUGUUAACAACACCUCUGUAAGCCCCGAUGAUAAAUUGCUUGCUAUCCUUGGUGAUAGUCCAGAAUGUCUACUUGCUGAUACUCAAAGUGGAAAGGUUGUCAGCAACCUAAAAGGUCACCUAGAUUAUUCAUUUUCAUCAGCUUGGCACCCGGACGGAAGACUUUUGGCAACUGGUAACCAAGACACGACUUGCAGAUUGUGGGAUAUAAGGAACACGUCGAAGUCCAUAGCAGUGCUCAAAGGAAGGAUGGGAGCCAUCCGUGCAAUCAAGUUCACAUCAGAUGGGCGCUUCAUGGCCAUGGCGGAGCCAGCUGAUUUUGUCCACAUAUUCGAUACACAAUCCGAUUAUGGUACCUGUCAAGAGAUUGAUUUGUUUGGUGAGAUUGCUGGAAUAUCCUUCAGUCCUGAUACUGAAGCUCUCUUUAUUGGAGUGGCUGACCGAACCUAUGGUAGCUUACUGGAGUUCAACCGUAAACAUUACCACCACUACCUUGAUUAUGUUUUGUAGUGAAAGGCAUACAGGCAUCUGCUUAUUUGGUACAUAGUUUGUGUAUACUAAUGCGAUUGUGAAAGAGCAGCGCUGAUGUCUGCGUAGCCUGAUGGCCUUGUAGGGGCUGUUUCUACCCAAGUAUAUUAAUAUGAAUUUAUGUGGUCAAAAAAGUAUUUGUUCAUGGCCAAUUUUAUCACAGUGCCAUGUGUUCUGUUCAAAUUUUUUUUUUUGUUUUAUUCCAAACAGAAACAAUGUUUCUGAGGCUUCAAGCUA